GGAAGGUUCUUGGAGGCUGGUGGAAAUGGGCUUUUCGUUGAACUUCACACUGCCAGCUAACACGACUACUUCUCCAGUUGUUACAGGUGGAAAAGAAGCAGACUGCGGGCCCUCGGUUGGAUUAGCGGCAGGCAUCCCAUCGCUGGUGGCCACAGCUCUGCUGGUGGCCUUACUUUUCACUUUGUUUCACCGAAGAAGAAGGAGCGGCGAGCCUGCUGAGGAAAUUGAGAGACCAUGUGAAAUUACAGAAAUCUAUGACAAUCCCAAGGUGUCUGAGACUCCUAGGAGGUCACCUACACAUAUGAAGAACACAGCAGGAACACAAGAAGCCCACAUAUAUGUGAAGACUAUAGCAGGAAGCGAAGAGCCCCUGCCUGAAGCUUACCAUCCUCCUGAAGAAAUAGAGAGAAGGAGGGGACUUUGGUGGCUUAUCCCUAGACUAAGCCUGGAAUGA